CUGGCAGCAGGACUCCGUCCCAGAUGCCCGAGAGCGGCCAUGGGCCCGCCGCACUGGUGGGACCAGCUGCGGGCGGGCAGCUCAGAGGUGGACUGGUGCGAGGACAACUACACUAUCGUGCCUGCCAUCGCCGAGUUCUACAACACGAUCAGCAACUUCUUGUUUUUCGUUUUGCCGCCGAUCUGCAUGUGCUUGUUUCGGCAGUACGCCACCUGCUUCAACAGCGGCAUCUACUUGAUCUGGACGCUUUUGGUCGUCGUGGGAAUUGGAUCUGUCUACUUCCAUGCAACCCUCAGCUUCCUGGGCCAGAUGCUUGACGAACUAGCUAUUCUCUGGGUUUUGAUGUGCGCUCUGGCCAUGUGGUUCCCCAGGAGGUAUCUACCAAAGAUCUUUCGGAAUGACAGGGGCAGGUUCAAAGCCGUGGUCUGUGUCCUGUCUGCGGUGACUACGUGCCUGGCGUUUGUUAAGCCCGCCAUCAACAACAUCUCUCUGAUGACACUGGGAGUGCCUUGUACGGCUCUGCUCAUUGCAGAGCUAAAGAGGUGUGACAACGUGCGUGUGUUUAAGUUAGGCCUCUUCUCUGGCCUCUGGUGGAUGCUCGCCCUCUUCUGCUGGAUCAGCGACCGCGCCUUCUGCGAGCUGCUGUCCUCCUUCCACUUCCCCUACCUGCACUGCGUGUGGCACAUCCUCAUCUGCCUGGCCUCCUACCUGGGCUGCGUGUGCUUCGCCUACUUCGACGCCGCCUCGGAGAUCCCCGAGCAAGGCCCGGUCAUCAAGUUCUGGCCCAGCGAGAAGUGGGCCUUCAUCGGUGUCCCCUACGUGUCCCUGCUGUGCGCCAGCAAGAAAUCGCCCGUCAAGAUCACGUGACGGCCGGGCCGCGGGGAGGCCCCUCGCUUCCUUUCCCUCUCGCCCUGGGCCCCGCUGGCUGGGGGCGGCCCCCGAGGGGCUC